UCAAAUGUCAUUUUGUGAGCAAAUAAUUUAGUAGAAUUUUUGGUAGAUUUUAUCCUCCAUCUAGUAGAAUUUAGUAGAUUUUAUACCUAAAUCUAGUAGAAAACGACGUUCGGUCGUUGGCAACCCUGUUUAUGUUUAUGUAUGUAUUUGAUCUGAGCUUUGAUGUUAAAAGUAUUAUUAAAAUUAAAUUACAUAAAAUCAAGUUUCAUCAAAUGGAAGUGAAACAAGAAAUUAGUGAGGAAACGUGUAAAGUAGAAAUAGAGUAUAAUGACCUGGAUAAGACGUUUUUGGAUGAUUAUAAAUGUGGAGUUACUGAGGAAUCUAAUCCAGAAAAUACAGAUGGUAUGGUUGAUUGUUUAUCCGCAGAAUUGCCAAUAAAGACUGAAAUAAAACAAGGUGGAAAUAAACUUACCUGUUUUAAAGCCAAAGAAACAACCAAUGAAGGUGAAAUUUGUUUUAAGCAGUCUAGAGAAGUACAUAAUUUGAAAACAGAUAUGAGAGUGCAUACUCGGGAAAAACCUUAUAAGUGUGAAAUUUGUUUUAAGCAGUUUUCCCGAAAAAUUCAUUUGAAUACGCAUUUGUGUGUGCGCACUGAGAAAACACCUCUUAAGUGUGAAAUUUGUUUUAAGCAGUUCACUACAUCAGGAAAUUUGAAAAGACAUUUGAGGGUUCACACUGGAGAAACACUUUACAAGUGUGAAAUUUGUUUUAAGCAGUUUAUUCGAGAAUAUUCUUUGGAGACACAUCUGAGAGUACACACUGAAGAAAAUCCAUACAAGUGCAAAUUUUGUUUUAAGCAAUUUAGUGAUGCAGGAACUUGGAAGAAGCAUUUAAGGGUACAUACUGGAAAAAAGGCUUACAAGUGUGAAAUUUGUUCUAGGCAAUUUACUCAAGUAGGAACUUUCAACGUUCAUUUGAGAAUACACACUGGCGAAAAGCCUUACAAGUGUAAAAUUUGUUCUAAGCGAUUUAAUCGAAAUUCCAAUUUGAAACUACAUUUAAGGGUACACACUGGUGAAAAGCCUUACAAGUGUGAAACUUGUUUUAAGCAGUUCAGUGGCGCACCAACUUUGAUAAGGCAUUUAAGGAUACACACUGGAGAAAAGCCUUAUAAGUGUGAAAUUUGUUCCAAGCAAUUUAGUGCAGUUGGAAAUUUGAAAGAGCAUUUAAAGGUACACACUGGAGAGAAGCCUUUCAAGUGUGAAAUUUGUUUUAAGCGAUUUAGGCAAUAUGUAGCUUUGAAAGAUCAUUUAAAGCUCCACACUGGGGAGAAGCCUUACAAGUGUGACAUUUGUUCUAGGCGAUUUAGACAAUAUGGAACUUUGAAAGAGCAUUUAGAGGUACAUACUGGAAAGAAACUGCAUAAGUGCGAAAUUUGUUCUAAGCAAUUUACUCAAGCAGGUACUUUGAGAAAGCAUUUACGGAUACACGGUGGAGAAAAGCCUUAUAAGUGUGAAGUUUGUUUUAAGCAGUUUUACACAGCAAAUAUUUUGAAAAUACAUUUGAGGAUGCACACUGGUGAAAAACCAUACAAGUGUGAAAUUUGUUUUAAGCAGUUUUACACAGCAACUCUUUUGAAAAUACAUUUGAGAGUGCACACUGGGGAAAAACCUUACAAGUGUGAAAGGUGUUUAAGGCAAUUUAGAAAUGCAGGAACUUUGAGAACACAUUUAACAAUACACACUGGAGAAAAACCAUUCCAGUGUGAAAUUUGUUUUAAGCAGUUUAGUGAAGCAGGCUCUCUGAAAACACAUUUGAGAGUGCACACUGGGGAAAAACCUUACAAGUGUGAAAGUUGUUUAAGGCAAUUUAGUGAUGCAGGAACUUUGAGAGCACAUUUAACGAUACACACUGGAGAAAAGCCUCACGAGUGUGAAAUUUGUUCUAAGCAAUUUAGACAGUAUGGAAAUUUGAAAGCACAUUUAAGGAUACACACUGGGGAAAAGCCUUACAAGUGUGAAAUUUGUUUCAAGCAGUUUAGUACUCGAAGCAUUUUGAGAAGGCAUUUGAUAGUGCACACUGGAGAAAAGCCUCACAAGUGUGAAAUUUGUUUUAAGCGUUUUAGUGAAGAAAGUAGUUUGAAAAGGCAUUUAAGGAUACACACUGGAGAAAAGCCUUAUAAGUGCGAAAUUUGUUCUAAGCAAUUUAGUGAAGCUGGAGCUUUGAGACUGCAUUUAAGGUUACACACUUUAGGAAAGCCUACGUGUGAAAUUUGUUCUAAGCAAUUUACUCGAGUAGGAGGUUUGAAAGAGCAUUUAAAGCUACACACUGGAGAGAAGCCUUACAAGUGUGAAAUUUGUUUUAGGCAAUUUGCAGUUUCAAGCACUUUGAAAACACAUUUGAGAGUACAUACUGGUGAAAAACCUUACAAGUGUGAGGUUUGUUUUAAGCAGUUCACUACAACAAGUGCUUUGAAGCAACAUUUGAGAGUGCACACUGGAGACAAACCUUACAAGUGUGAAAUUUGUUCUAAGCGAUUUAAUGCCAGAGGUAGUUUGAUAAGCCAUUUGAAAAUUCACACUGGUGAAAAGCCUUACAAGUGUGAAAUUUGUUCUAAGCAAUUUCGUGAAGCAAGUAAUUUGAAAACACAUUUGAGAGUUCACACUGAAGAGAUACCUUAAAAGUGGAAUAAGUAGUUUGAAUUAAAAACUAUGUUCUAAUAUGCAAGUCCAUCCUUCUAAUGAAAAGGAUCUCGAAUUACGGGUCAUCGGAUAUGCGGAUAUCCUUCUCAAAUUACGGAUAUCCAACAUAAUUUUCAUUUAUUAAACGCUUUUCUUUAGUUCAAUCGUUUGGGUCAAAUCUUUAGACGUUAAUUUGACUGCCUUUUCUUCCAUGCAAAUGUAUGAAAAUUUGCAGACAUAUGCAUUCGCGGGAACAAUACACGAAUAGUCAAUAAAAAAAUUGUAUGUUUAUUAAUAAUUGUUUAAAUAAAAAAACGAUUUUAAUGGAAAA